CUCCUGAGGUUUCUCUCUUCUUGUGGUCAUUAUGUAGAAUAAUAAUCAGUGUAUGAGAGCAGCACUAGAUAUAAUGUGUGUGUUGUGUUCAGAUAUUCAGCUGGAGUCUCCUGAGAGAGUGAAAGAGGGAGAUUCAGUCCGUCUGACAUGUAGAAGCAGCUGUGAACUGACUGACACACCAACAUUCAUCUGGUACAGAAACUCACACACAUUGACUGAAGGAACUAUUGGAGACAAACUCAUCCUCAAUCCAGUCAGAAGAGAAGAUGCAGGCAGAUAUAGAUGUGCUGUACAUGGACACACACUCACAUCACCUGAGGUCUAUCUCAAUGUCACCUAUCCUCCAAAGAGCGUCUCAGUGUCCAUCAGUGGAUCUGCUGUAAUAAUGUCUGGAGAUUCAGUGACUCUGAGCUGCAGCAGUGACUCAAACCCUCCUGCAGAAAUACACUGGUUUAAAGGAAAAACAUAUAUUGGAUCUGAAAGAAUCUUCAACAUCUCCAAGAUCAGCUCUGAUGACAGUGGAGAAUACAAGUGUAAAACCAGAAAUGACCAUGGAGGGAAAUACUCUUAUCCUGUCACUUUAGAUGUCCAGUACCCCCCCAGGAACGUCUCAGUGUCUAUAAAUGGAUCUGCUGUAAUAAUGUCUGGAGAUUCAGUGAGUCUGAUGUGCAUCAGUGACUCAAACCCUCCUGCUCUGAACUUCAGCUGGUUUAAGGAGAAUCAAAGCUCAGCUGUUGGAUCUGGACAGAGUUUCAGUGCAGUACAGAGUGGACGCUUCUACUGUGAGGCUCACAAUCCACAUGGAGCUCAGAGAUCAGACGCCGUCACUGUCACUGUUAAAGGUAAAGCAGAUCAUGCACUUACUCCUUAA